CCCGGCGCGCUGCUCGCUCCCCUCUCUUCCUCUCGCUUCUCUCUGUCGCUUUCUGCGCUUCUCUCAUCUUCACUGCCCAAUCCAUAGUCACUGCUACUCAUUCACUAUAUUUUGUGUGUAUUGCCGUCGCCAUGAGUCCCCUUUCUUGCUAGACGGCCUCGUCGUCUGGCGUAGUCGAUCCGUAUGCGUUGUCCUUGCAGCCAGCCUGGAUAACUCGUACCGCUGUUUGACUUGCUUCAGCAAGAGCAACACCAAGAAGAAGAAGAACCGCCACGUCCGCUGAGGCGUCAACCUGCGUGACAGCAGUGCCUCAGUCAAGAGAGAUCCGACCCCGGAAGCGCUUGUUUUGCUCCCUCCGUAUCGCCGCUAUCGACGCAUCCUUGCGAUAAGAGCUCCAACAACAUAUCGACACAACCACGUACACUCAAGACACACGAAUCUGGGAAAUAUAAGCACGCAUAGCCUGUUGAUCAAUACCCGACACCAUGAAGUUCCUACCUUUGAGCGAGUUUGACGAUGUGACAAGGGCGCUGAACUUUGACACACCCGAUUGUAUGGUCGUGGGCGGUUGUGAUCUUUACACAACGAAGGCCGCAAGUGGUGAUAAGAAGCUGUACAAAAACAUCGAGGCCUCCUUGGAAACGCAGUAUGAAUCGCUUUUACGACUCUCUGCCUCGCUUUCACCACCUAAUGCGUCUUCCGCGGCCAUGUCGCUCAAUCUCUCGCGUUCUAGCCCGUUUGGACCCUUGAGUGAGCAUUCCAGCCGCAGAACUUAUGCUUAUCUUAUCGCUACACUUAACGCAAGCCACCCCGACUAUGACUUUUCGCAUGUCCUGCGACCUUCUGACUUCCGCCGAGAGAAGAACUUGCGGAGAGUCAUGGAUACUAUUGAUACUACCCUGUUUAAUCUCCGCCCGCAGUUGGCUCGCGAUGUCACGCCACCUACCCCAGCCUCAUCCUCUCCGCACAUGUCGGCAACGACCCAUUCAUGGGGUCCUAGAAUGUGGAGGAUCAUCGACAAUCAAAUGUCCCUCAAGGAGUGCAGUAUAUACUGCUAUAGCCCGGACGAGGACCCAUACGAUGGCGAAGAGGGCACCAUCUGGAGCCUCAAUUAUUUCUUCUUCAACAAAGUCAGGAAGCGUGUUUGCUACAUCUACUUGCGUGGCAUCAGCGUUCUCAGCCAGCUACCGGCCGAUGGAACAGCCACUCCAGUUCCAGGCAAGCGCAAUGUCGACGAUGAUGGCUACGUCUCCCAUGAUACGGGUGCCAGAAAGCGCGCCAAGUACUGGUUUGGUGAUGGCGCAAACGAUGAAAUGGAUGAAUUCAGCGCCGACGAAGAAGAAAGACAGCCAUCUCAGCCCGCCCGCCCAGUUGUGGACGAAUAUGACAACUAUAUUCUUAGUGACGAUGAUCUACGCUCACAGUCUGGUGGUAGUAAGCCUACCGUCCGUGCAUUGAGUGAAGAAAUUGCCGACUCUAUGGAAGUGUAACUGCAACACCUCCUAUUUUCCAGAAUUACCCAAGUUCAAACUUGAUUGGAACUUGUUUUUCCCCAUUUGAUACUCUGUGUUAUUGAUUGACUCCUUAUCAUCCUUCCGCAAUAAUGCAUGCUCGUGACGAUUUUUAUAUCAACGCCAUUUGAUGACUGGGUUGGUUAUCUAUGCACUGCACUGAUCUCUGUCAACGUACCCAGUGCUAAGGCAACUAGCCAUCUGAGUGUCCGAUUGAAGCUCAGCUUACUAGCCACGCUGGCACCGUUUCACUCCUCUCUGUUCUUCAUCAUGCUCUCUUUUUCGUAAUUCUUUUAAUGAUGUGAUUGUUCGAUCGGUUGUUAUUUGUGAUCGAGAUUCUUUUUGGUUUGUCUCUUUAUCAUUAUGUGUCUUUUGCUGGCUAUCAGGCGUGGAGUUUAUGGAAUACCAUGCCUUCGGCAAGUAGACAUAACUAGCUGUUUAUACUUGUUACUUAACACUGCCAACUAUCAGAAAUACCAUGAUGCUUUCCAAUCUACAUGCACUUUCGGGAGCUAAGUCCUCUCUGUUCGAUCCGAAAACUUCCGAAUGGAUGAAAUCGGAGCUGAUGAAUAUGUAAUCACGUGAUAGUCACAUGAUUCAAUGUACUUUAGAGUUACGUAAGAAUGUUUUAACCAAUCACUGGGUAGCAUGUAGCAUCAUCCAACAUCAGUUUGAUAAGAACAAUGUAAACACCUUCAUGAGCUUCAAUAUACCCUGCUGGUUUUUAUAGUAUCACUCCUAAACAGCAUCGCCUCCCUACGGACACAAUGGCAGACACGGAGGACAAGGAUCGCGCUGAGAAGCUUGCUGCUGCUAAGAAAAGGGUGUGUUCAUAUUUUCUAAUUCCAAUGCCCACGCGCCAGCUCCAUUGAUAUAGGACUGACCAUCAUCUGGUUUUAAUUUAGGUAGCUCAAAUGCAAAAGCAAAAGGGAAAGAAGGGAAAGAAAGGAGAAUCUAGUAAACAAGCUGCUGCUCCUGCGGAAGCGGAGGACAAAGGGCCCUCUCCAGACUCCAAACCGGAGGAACCAGACACCGAAAAGCAAGCUGAGACAGAGACUCCAAAGGAUACAGCAGCCGAAAAGGAUAAUACCGAAGAAGCAGUUAUGGAAACACCAGCUUCUACUGGAGAACAAGUGGAAGAAACUAAUAACAAAGAAGACGAAGGCGGGGAACCUUUGCCCAAAACCCGAUCCCAUGGCCGUCAACCCUCGAUAUCCGUUCAAUCUAAACUCCGCUCUUCGUCCUUUCGCCAGGAUUCGAAAGUUCCGGCCACCAGCCC